AUAAACAUGUCAUAUGCACUUAGAGGAUUUUGGAUCUGUGCUCUUUAUAUGGAAAAUGUUUAUUCACCCAUGCAUGAGCAAUUCUCUAAUAGCAAUUUUGAGUAAUCACAUGAUACUGCAGUCCGCCCACCUCUUAACCUAACCCACUCGCUCUCCCUAUUUCUUACUUUCCUUUCCUGUUUUAGUUUAUUCAACAUUAGUAGCCAUCAAUAGCAGAAGACCAAUGCUGAACUGUGGAGGACUAUAACCGACCAAAUGGACAACAGCACAUUAGUCUAUUUUUCUUUAUCCUGAUGCCAACCAAAUAAGCACAAAGAUGUCUGAGAAUUUUUGGAGUUUAUGGAUUUUCCCAGGAUGCUUAGAAUGAACUUUUAUCAUCAGUAAAGAAGAUCAUCUGCUUCUCAUAACUGUUUCAGACAAGGACAUAUUUUGGAAACUCAAAAGUUUUUCAUGGGAAUCUCUGUUGACGCAGAGCUCAGGGUGAUGAUUUCAUCAUAUAACUGCCGUUCUCUUUGUAUUAUGUGCUUUAAGUUUACCACCAUCUCUUUCAGAAGGAAAUAUGCUCUUGAGAUACAUUAAUGGAACCUGGAUGACAGCCAGGGAGAACAAGGGUCGGAUAAGUGAAACAACGGGAAGAUGUUUUACUUUACCCCAUGGGAGCAAAGAAAAAAUUGACAAGCUCUGUCCAUUUUCUCUUGAAACCGUCAGUAUCUUUAUCUGUUUGAACUACUUCUUAACUUUAAUAUGGAGAAAUAACUUUUAAGUGGAUUGUAGUAGUAAAAAAGUACAUGUGAUGCAAUAAUGAAUCUUUUCAAUGUGACUCAAGGGAUUUCCGAAAACACGAGGGAGAACUUCAGAGUGACACCGGCAAGUCCAAUGCUUACAACCCCAGCCAUGCUUGAAAGAGAUUUUGUGACUAUUGGCUAUAUUCUCAGUGUGGUAUCGGUUUUGAUCAUCUCCACAAAUGUUUUAGUAGCCAUCGCUUUGAUCCUGCUUAUACGCAAGAAGAGCUGUCAAAGCUGGUGCUUUGUCUUAAAUCUAUCAAUUGCUGACAUCCUAGUGGGCGUGGCCAUAACUGGCAUUGCCACCGAUGCUCUUGAAGGAAGCACGACCUCCAUGCAAAAAGACAAGUGUUUGUUGCGUAUGUCCUUCAUCCUUACACCCUCCGCUGCCUCGAUCCUCACCAUGUUUGUUAUCUCGCUGGACCGCUAUGUGGCCAUAAAGAUGCCACUGAGAUAUUUACAGCUAAUGAGCAAUAAGAUAAUUGCCACAGCUCUAGUCCUCCUAUGGCUGAUCACUGUGACUGUGGGCUUUUUGCCCUACAUCGUGACACAAAUGCAACGGAAAGACUACAACAAUAUCUGCACGUUCUUCUUAGUGAUAGAGCCACAAACCAUUAUCGUGAUGUUCUGCGUUUUCUUUUUCCCUUUACUCUGUGUCUUCAUCUACUUCUACAUGGACAUCCUGAAAAUUGCUUGUGGGCACCAGCAGCGCAUCUGUGCCAGGCAUGCAGGUUCAAGCUUUAUGCCAUCCAGCCGUUACUGGGGUCACGUUAAGGCCCUGCGAACCAUUGCCGUGCUGGUUGGCUGCUUCACUCUCUGUUGGUGCCCUUUCUUUGUGGUCAGUAUGGUGCAGGUUUUAUGCCCAGAUUGUAAACUUUAUUUGUUUUUGGAGAACCAUCUCUGGCUGUUGGGACUCUCAAACUCCCUCAUCAAUCCGCUCGUGUACGCCUGCUGGCAACGGGAAGUGAGGAAUCAGAUCUGUAAGAUCUUCCGUCAUGUUAAAGUCGGGCUGUGUUGCACGACACGAGCACAGACAGCAGACCGAUGCCACAUAGACCACAUAACCGUCACCCGAGAGGGAAACUUUAACGGGACGACGCUUCCCAUCGAGUUAGGUUACUUUGAGACCGUCGCAGUUCCUGAACAACAUCCGGAAAAAUAUUCCCAGUAGGGUGGGAAUUAGGCCACUGCUCACAGGAAACUGAAAAAGGUCUUUGAUAUCAGCAAGAAAAGAGCAAACAGUGAUGUGCCCUAAUGGAUGUGGAGCCCUGAGUCUCUCCACAUGAGAUACAGCAGAUGGCUCUGUUUGCUUUUCUUUAUCCCUGCACUCUAUAUUACAUUCAAAAUAACCAAAGCACUUAGUUUGGUCCCAUAUCCACUUCUU